AUGACAGUCUUGAGAAGCAGAUGCAAGUUGAAGACAUCACAAUUCUCGUCAAUUGGCCAAAAAGUGGCUGGCUUGAAAAAGUUGUACAACUCUGUUGAUGAUUGUCUACUCUCCCAACAAUCUCAUUCUCAUGAGCAGCAAAGCCAAUGUGUAGAGGAGGCAUUGAGUGUAUCUUUGAAAUUGCUGGAUAUGUGCAACACCACAAAAGAUAUUUUGUCACAAAUGAGGGAAUGCUUUCAGGGGCUUGAAUCAUCUCUCCCGAAGAACAAGACGCGGAGAGUUUGGCUUGAAAGGCAGGAAAACAAUUGCACAACAACUUUCAGUGACAAUUCUGAUAUGGUGAACAUGAUUAACAUUCUAAAAGCAGCUGAGGAAACUAGUCUUGCAGUGUUGGAGCCUAUCUUAUCUUUCAUUUCUCAGUCCAGCGCAAACUCAAAGCUCUCAGGCUGGUUUCUGGUCUCAAAAAUCAUACAAUCCAAGCGUUUUGAAAGGACUAGAGGCAUUGGAUUCAAAUCUUCAGGAAGCAGUGGAGGGUUGGAGUGUAUUUAUAGAAGAUUGGUGAACAUCCGAGUUUCCCUUCUCAAUAUUCUGAACCAGUGAACACAAUUUUGUAUCAUUCAAUUUUGACCCCUGUUGUAUGCACCAUACAUAGACAAGUAAAUCCAAGUAAAUACUGACAUACUUUUCUUC